ACGAACUCUUUCGUCUGCAUCCAAGCCUUUAAUCAGAGCUGCUUCGGUCACGGUUUCUAGAAAAUCAUUACGAUCACAUAACUCACAAAAGUCCCUCUCCAAAAAGCUCGAGAAAAGAGGAGUCUGGAUAGUCACAGAGAGAGAGAGAGAGGAGAGAGAGAGAGGAGCCAGCUUUGUUGCGGUGCAAAGAAGCAAAUCUGACAGUUUUGCAGAAACAAGAGAGAGAGAAAGAGCAAGGAAUCGAAGUUUUGGUUCUUCUUCCACCCGAAGCAAACUAAAUGCUCAUACAAAGUUUACAUUUUUCUUCACUCAUAGAGAGAGAGAGAAAGAAAGAGGAAUUGAAUCGAUCUCACUUGUGUCUCUCUCUCUCUCUCUGCUCUAUUGAUCUGUACGGAACUACCCUCUUCCCUGUUCUCUAGUUUCAGCCUUUCCAGGACCUGGGUUUGAUCAUUAAAGCCGAGAUCUUUCUUUUCCUUGAAGUGGGUUCUGCUUAAUCUCUGUGACUAUUGCUUUUUCUCAGGCUAAAAGGUUUGAAGCCGUUUGGGGAGUUUGAGGAUUUAUAUGUUUGGAUUCGUAUGUGAUCGCAAAAGACAGUAGAGAGAUGCCUCCUUCCCCGGCAUUGAGAUGCUCCCCUGGCAGGGAACUACAAGGUGGGAAUAAACAUAGAAGAGGACACAGCAUUGAGUAUGGGAUACUGUUCAGAGAUAAAGACGAAGAUCUUGCCUUGUUUAAUGAGUUGCAAGACAAAGAACGUGAUGACUUCUUGCUUCAGUCAUCUGAUGAUCUUGAGGAUGUAUUUUCUACAAAAUUGAAGCACUUUUCAGAGUUCACCAUUCCUGUUCAAGGAGAGAGUAGCAGAUUGCUGACUGCAGAAGGAGAUAAGAACGACUAUGAUUGGUUACUGACGCCUCCAGACACACCACUUUUUCCUUCAUUGGAUGACGAACCUCCAGCAGCUCGUGUUGGGAGGAUAGGGAGACCGCAGAGUCAGAUUUCCUUAUCUAGAUCAUCCACGAUGGAGAAGAGACGCCGUAGUAGUAGGGGCAGUGCAAGCCCAAAUCGCCUAAGCACAUCACCUCGUGCUGACAAUAUGCAGCAGACAAGGGGAAGGCCAUCCUUAGCACGCCAUCCUAGUCCUUCAUCUGGUCCACGAUCAGUUACCCCACCAGUUAGGAGGAUUUCUCCUAGUCCAGGGAAACAACCCUCAGGACCUGUAUCAAGAUCUCCCACUCCAACUUCCCGAAGGAUGAGCACUGGCUCAACAACCACCAUUGCAUCUCCAGCUCUCAGAGGCACUUCUCCUGUCAGAACUACCCCUGGCAACUCUGUUUCACCCAAAAUAAAAGUGUGGCAGUCAAACAUUCCUGGUUUCUCCUUGGAUGCGCCACCAAAUCUCCGAACUUCUUUGGGUGAUCGACCUGCAUCCUAUGUAAGAGGUUCGUCACCGGCUUCCAGAAACGGCAGGGAUGCAGCAGCCUCAACGCGCAGCAGGCAAUCUGUCUCUCCUAGUGCUUCCAGAAGUGUCAGUUCAUCUCACAGUCAUGAGCGUGACCGGCUUAGUUCUCAUAGUAAAGGCUCUGUAGCAUCAUCCGGAGAUGCUGAUCUCCAAUCUCUACAGUCUAUUCCAGUACGUAGCUCAGAACCUCCAGUUUCAAAGAGAGCUAGCCUUUCUCCAAAUAGCAGAACUUCGAGAUCGUCAAAAUUACAAUCACCUGGUUUAGCACCAAGAAGGCCGUUUGAGUCUGCUCUUCGUCAAAUGGAUCAUCCUAAAAGCCAUCAUAGCAUGUUUAGGCCUCUUGCUUCUAGUCUUCCUAGCACAGGCAUCUAUUCUGGGAAAAGUAGUACGUCUUACCAUCACUUAAUGCUAAGACAUUCUUCUCCACCGGUGGGGAGCAAUUCAAGUCCUACCCAAGUUACAGGCUUCAUGCCAGAUACUAAAGGGAGUGAUCCAGUCCCUGUUUUCCAGUCUGAAGAUGAAAAUUUGGAUUAUCCUGAUAAACAUGGACAGGUUAAUAAUACCUUUGGCAUGGUAGAUUUAUUAAACGAAGGUAGUAGACAUGAGAGUCACGAGAGGUCUUUCAGUGAUCAGCUUGGUGAUAUGGAUCAUGGUCAUGCUGUUGAAUGCGAGUCUAGUGUGAAUGAGGAGGCCAGCCACCAUGUUUCUGAUGUUGAAAACAGUUCGACUCUUGGCACUAACUUUUUAGAAGGAGUCGGUCUUGAAACUAUGGAGGUUUGUGGUAGAUGUGGCUCCCACUAUCGUGCCACUGAAGCAAAUAGAAGCGAGAUAAAUAUUUGUCCAGAUUGCAGGGAGGAACACAACUUUGUGGAAACAGAUCCCACUGGAACAACAAGAUCUCUUGAUGAGAACUCCCUGAAACAGCCUCAGGAGAUUUUUGAUGAAAAAGAGUCUUUUGCUGAGACAAUUCCUGCCAUAGAUGUGCUAGAAUCGCUGCCUGAUGCUAUGGCUGAGGCAAAGACAGCAGAAAACAUUGAGCAGUGUGGCGAGCAAGAACAUAAUCAUUUGCGCGAGAGCCCUCUUUCCAGGGCUUUGGGAGAGCAAGAUGUGGAGACAGGAACAGGAACAAAAGAUAGAGAAAAUCAGCUUUCUGAGAAGCAUAAUGAUUUGAAGAUUGGCUCUUCAGAAGUGAGGGGGGUUCCUUUGCUUAUAAAGAGAUCGGUCAGUAUGAAGUCACCCAUUGUUAAAGCUAAUAACUCCAGUGGUCUCACAAGAUCAUAUGAGGGAUUUUCUUAUUUAAGGGAUAUAAGUAUAAGCCUCAGAAGCUCCACAGAAACUACAUCUGCAUCUUCAUCUUGGGAUUAUGGUUCCUCUAUAAGAAAGGGAAGCCAUCAUGUACGACAUCAAAGCGGGAGCACGCUUGACAUGGAGACUCAUAGGUACGAUACCAACUCUAAGUCCCUGAGCAGCAUGUCAUCUUCAUCUGGUGUGUCAAGCCACACCUGCAAGGCUCUAAAUAUCAUGCCGGCGGACAGUUUUGAAGUUUCUGCUUCCCGAAUAACAUGUACACCCGAUGAAACUCAUCAAGAAUCUCAUCCUGAGCUCCAAGAUUGGGAAUAUAAUGGUGGUGGAUCAAUUAGUCUUUCCACCGAGGUAGUUGGUGCUCUAGCAGAGCAUAAUCUGGUGAUAGCUGACAAUGAUUUUUGUGAAAAUGGAGAUGGAGAUGAUGUAGCCAUUACCGCGAGUAAAAUAGAGAUAAGCGAAUCACCAGCACAUUUAAGGAGCACAUCAGAACUAGGAGGAGCAUUACCUGUCACCGAUGAUCACUCUAGGCCGCAAGAAAAGGAUGGUAACGAAUCUCCUCAACACGGUUUGUCCACCACGACAGCCUCAGAAAUAGAACUCGAGAGUUGUGCACCUGAAACACAUGGUUUAGGGGUUCAUGAUGAGAUUCUAGAGUCGGAAUGCAAUCUAAAUGCAGUGGAUGAUUGCUCAGAGAAGAGUAUGGGACAUGAUUCUGGAGAUAACCACUACUCCUUGGAUCCAAUAAACGAAAUUUUAGAUGAGUCGACCGUGAUUGUGGAGUGUCCAGGUGGAAAAGAGACGAAGAGCCUGACUCUUGAAGAAGCCACUGAUACAAUACUAUUCUGCAGCUCCAUUGUUCAUGAUUUAGUUUACGAGGCUGCAACAAUAGCAAUGGAUAAUAAAGCAAAGGGUGUACCGGUGGAAGAAGAAAUGUUGCAUCAUCCAACAGUGACAGUACUUGGAAAGUCGAAUGCCAACAGGAGUAGUAGUAGUUAUGGACGCGGUGGUGGUGUGACAAAGGAGAAGAAGAAACAGAGUUCUAAAGCGAGGCGGAAACAGAGAGAGACAGAGGAGAAAACAGAGGUGCAUAUAGAGAAUGAUGAAAAUGCAAGUGAAGCAGCAGCGAUGAUGAGUAACGUUGGAGUCCCACCUCCUAGUAAAGGAGGAGAGAGUUUGAAACCACCUCCUAAGCUGGAGAACAAAUGCAAUUGUUCCAUUAUGUGAUGUGACCAUUUUUCUACUAGUAAAUUUUUGUAUGUUUGCUGUUGUUCAUAAUGUUUGUUGUUGUUGUUGUUUGGGUUUUAUAUGAUUGUAAGCUUUAGAGUAUUUUACGUUUGUUGCAGCUAAUUUGUGAGAGGAGAUCACGAUAUUCGGUAGCCGGUUAGUGGCAUGAAUUGUAAAGUGUUUUUAUUUUAUCUUAUUUUGAUUUGAUUAUUAUUAUCUUGAUGUGUACCAAUAAACCCUUAUUUAUGGUUUUAUAUAUUUUAUCUGAACGUCAAA